AUGCAGAUGAGCUUUUCUCAGUCAUUGAAAUUGACAAGAAAGAAGAAAUCUAAGUUUAAAGCCUUUAAGAGCUUUUUUGGCAAGAAGAAGAAGAAAGAACCAGAAGAAGUCCCAGAAGCAGCAGUGCUAAAGCCCAGAUUUUCUAGCAGCAGUGGGAAAAGUGGGUCUUCUCUGCAGCCAGUUCUGGAAAAGCAAACGAUGGAGUCCAAGCCCAAGAGUGGCAUGGGAGCCAAGUCCAUAUCCCAUGACAGUAUCUUCUGUUUGGGUCCUGAGCCUGAAAAAACAGCAGUCGAGCUACACACUUCUCCAGAGCCCCACAGAAGCAGAUCACUGAAGAUCAAAUCUCUGCGCUCACGGAGGCUCAGCAUCAGCCCACUUGUUAUCCGAUCCGAGAAAGUCUGCGAGGACUUGGAGAAGUUCUUUGCCAGUGACAGGACAACUACUAUCUUCAGAAGGAGGUCUUCACAGUCAUCAACACCAAGAAAGAGCUUCUCUGAACUGUCCUCGGAUCCUGAGCUAUCACAGUCUUCUGAAAGCAGCACUCAGCAACCCUCGGGUUUCAGCACCCCAGCCACCUCACAAGGCUGCUUGGAUUCUUCAGCUGCUAAAUACAAGAUAGCUUUAAGCCCCCGGAAGCAGAAGAAAAGGAAGUCAACCUCCACACCUGUGAAAGUGAAGCAGGAGGAGCAACUCGAAUCAGUGCCAGCCAAAGAGAAGACUACAACCGAGACAAACCAAGCUGAGCAAGAGGAGCAGAGAGUGGAGAGUACAGGACUAUCAAGCCAGGAUCAGAGCUACAAAACCGAGAGUGAGGAUACGACAGUAGAUAAGACUCCAAGUACCGAUUCUGUUUUACGACUCAAUCCAAGAAGACGCAGAAGAAGGGCCAAAAAUGAGUGGGAGAUCCUAGAAAGAGGCCUUCUAAAGUCCACUCAUGGGUACAGCCUGAGCACUAAAGCUGAGUCUUCACCUACUGAAGAGAUAGCUGGCAAGGAGCAUUCUUUCUUGAAGCUGUUCCUGGAGAAGAAAGACACAGAGCAGUCUACAACUACAGAAGCAGACAUUACUAGUGUUCAGGAGAUGCCAUCAGAUAAAGGGGAUGCGGAGAGGGAAUUGACCGACAUAGAUGUUGAAGCUGAAGAAGCACCAGCACCACAACCUACACCUACUGAUGUGGCAGAGUCUAUGAGUAGUGGUCCAUCACCACGCAGUGAACAUAGGCCUUCUGGAGGCAAGAAGAAAAAGGAUAAAGCUGGUGUGUUGCCAUGGAUCAAAAAAUCUACAAGCCAAAAAGAGGCCACUGUCUUGAGGAGAGAAGAGGUCCAAGUGCAUGUGCAUCCUUCUCAAGUCUGUGGAGAAGGAGAAGAAGCAUCCAGUCCUGAUUUGCAAAGGUUUCAAUCCCAAUUGAAGUUAUCAUUGGAGAGCACAACUUACCACAAAGAGAAGCAUCCAAGAAGUGGUCUCCGGGCCCUUUCUACAAGUGUUUCAAGUGCUACUGCAGAAGAUGAUGUUUCACCGCAGAAGAAUCUGCCUCUCCCUCUCAGAAGGUGGCCAAAUGCAGGGGAAAUCUCCUCAGAUUCAAAGAGCACCUCAGAGUAUGAGAAAAAUGUAGAUGUAGAACUGAGCAAGACGGAGCAGCAGCAGCCUCUCAGAUAUUCUUCCAAGCUAUUAGGAAAACCCAAAGCUAGAGAGGCCUCUGCAAAACUAGAGAGUUCUUCAGAUGAGAGAAGUUGUGAGGAAAUGACGUCUGCCCAUUCUUCCCAGUCCUUGGAAGAGUUUGAAGAAUGCUCAGAAUCCAGAGGUUUCAUCAGAGGUUCCAUCUCUGAAGAGCGGCAAGCAACCAGGCGCCAUUCCCAGGCCUUGCAGGAGAUGGAGGAAAAGGAAGUCUCCACAGAAUCAAGUAAUUACAUUGAGAAGUACAACAGUUCCCAGGAUCUGAGCAGCUCAGAGCAAGAGCAGCAAGCAUCCCCAGUUUCAAAGAGUUCUCUAAAACAGUGGAGUGCUCCUGCCAAGCCAGAGCACCCCAUACACACUGCUCAGCAACAACCUCCCAUCAUGGUGAACAUUUCUGGAGGACCAAAGGAAUCGGAAGAGCCACUGACUCCCACCCACAAUGUCAAGUCAUGGUUGAGAUCUCAGUCUGAGUAUCCCGUGUUUGCAGAGCCAGAAGGAGUUGCUGCUGACUGGGACAUUUUUAUGCAGCCCUCACCCAGGCCAAGACUUGAGCAAGAAGUUUCUGCAGGUCCAGAACUUACUGUUUUUGAAAAGAGUGUUGCGGCACAGCCUUCUGAAUAUUCUCCCCAGCCUUCAGUGAGACCAAGCAUCAAGAAAGAAACAUCGUUGGGUGCAGAAAGUACUCCUUUGGAGUCCCCACCUCCUCAGCAUCAUUUUCAGCCACUAUUAAAGCCCUUCAUCCAGCAACAGGUAUCUGCUUUUGAAAGAGGUGUUUCUAUGGAUCCAAGGCUUCCAACACAGUUCCAGUCAUGGAUGAAGCCUCAAGGAAAGCAAUCAUUUUCUUCCACUCCAGAGAGCACGGCAUUUGAAGGGAGCACUUCUAUGGACCAUAUGACUCUGACCCUUUCCCAGCCUAUGCUACAGCCUUAUCAAGAAGUGCCUUUAGAAUCCGAGACUGUUGCUGCUAAAAUGACUUCCAUGGGUCAAAUGCACUCCAAAUAUUCUGCUCACCCCUUACCAAGUCAUCAAAGCCAACCAGUCCCAGAAAGCACCUCUGCAGAAGGUGCCAUUUUAAUGGAGCUGCUGCCUCCUCAGCCUUCGGUGACACCCAGAUUCCAGCCACUGAUGACCCAAGAUCCAGUGAGCACUCCCACCCAAUGGAGCAGCCCCAUGGAGCCAACAUCUGCUAAACAUAUCUUCCAAACACAAGCAAGCCCUAAAUUUAAGCGAGUCCCUGUAGGCUCAGAUAGCCCUGAGGCCCAAGGGAGCAUGUCUAUGCAGCCAGUUCCUCCCAGCUGCCCUCCACAGUCAUGGGUGAUACCUACCUUUGAGCAAAUAUCUGUAUCCCAAGGCAGUGUUCCUGCUGCAUGGGCUAUUCCUAUUUAUCCACCAGCUCCCAGAAUGCCUUCUAAGCCCUUGAUGGGAUCAGCCAUCGCUUUAGAGUCGAAACCAAGGUACUCUUUGCAGCCAUGGCAGAGCACGCCAUUUGAACAAGUCUCCGUAUCCUCAGACCGUGAUCCUGCUGCUGCCGCCGCUUCAUGGAGCCAUAUUGAUCCGCCAGCUUCCAGAAUACUUUCUCAGCCCUUGAUGAGAUUAGCUGUCAAGCAACCAACCUCUAUGGAGUUAGCGAGUGUUUCUGUGCCACAGAGCAGCUCUCUGGAGCAACUGCCUUCCAGAUUCCCCUUUCAGCCAAGAGCAGAUCCAGAGCACUAUGGAGCCGAGGAAGGAGUUGCUACUUUGAGGAGACCUAGAAGGCAGCGUUCUCAGCCCCCAGUGAGCUCAGAAUUCAAGGAAGACGUUUCCUCAGGUUCUCCGAGAGCUUCUGGAGAAUGGAGCAUUUCUGUGGAAAAAAUGCCUCCCAAAUAUGCUCUUCAGCCAUGGUUGGGCCCCGAAUUUGAGCAGCAAGCCAAAGAGGGGGAUGUUUUGAGGGAGGCCUGGCUUUCGGGACAUCCUUGCCAAACCAUUAGCAAACAUAAAGUCGAGAAAACACCCUCAAGCUUUGAGAGUACCUCUCUGGAGGGAGGCAUUCGUUGGAGGCCACUGCCUCCCAAACGUCCCAGCCCAUUCUUAAUCAGAUCUAAAGUUCAGGAAAUGUCUUCACGUCUAGAGAGUGCUAUUGCUCAAGACAGCUCCAAGAAACCGCAGAGUGGCAGGCCACCUUCCAAGUCCUUUGUGAAAUUCAUGGCACAGCAAGUGUUUUCAGAGAGUGCCCCCAGUGAUGUGGUCCUUCAUCCAAAGCCUGUUGCUCGGGGCCGAAGACGUCCUUCCCGAUCCCUGUUGAAGCCUAAACUUGACGAAUAUGCUUCCUUAUAUAACUGGGAUGAUGAACCCAAGAAAGACACCACACUGCAGAAUCUGCGCACGAAGCAGCGUUUUCAGUUAUCCAGAAAGCCCGAAGAGCCCCAAGAAGUUCUGCCAUUUUCUGAGGGUGCCGGGGAUAUCUCUCAGCCCCUGGGGAAGCUUGAGUACAAGCAGAAAGUCUCAUUUGCUGUCAGUCUUCCAGAUGAGUGGGAGAGGUCUGCAGGACAGCUGCCUUCCACACAGCCUUCUCAAGCCUUUGAUGUAGCUGAGUUGCAGUCCCCGGUUUUAUCAGUGGACUCAGCAAAUGUUCCUGUGGAGUGGAGAAUUUCUGAGUGCCAUCAGCCGUCUGGUCAGCUUCCUCAGUCUUUCUUGACUACUGACUAUCAGCAACAAGUUUCUGUAAACUCUGCCAGUGCUGCUGCUGAAGGAGCCAUUCCUGAGAAGAGUAAAAGCUGCUGGCCCAUGCUGAAAGGCCCAGCUUCAACAACAAAUCUCAAAUACGGACAAGGCUACAGGGACAUCCCAACUUCUGUUAUCAAACCUGCCACGUACACUUCUGCUCCUGCCCAGAAACCAUUUGUUUCCAUGGGCACUUAUUUUAAGGAUGAGGUUUCCAAGUGUUGUGAUGAAACUGGAAGUUCUUCACUCCUAUCCACCAGCAAGGCUGAAGUCGAAAAUGUUUUUGGAGUGCGGUUGCGAAGAACCUCACAAUACCUUGGAAUGCAGAAUCCGGAUCCUUGCAAGCCAUUUGUCUCCGAUUCAGCAGCAGCAAGAAAAGAACAGGAAAACAAAGGAGCUCUCCAGGUCUCAGGUGGAGGCCCAGAGCAGUCCAGACCAGCAUUUAGCUUUGAGGAGAAGCAAGGGAACAGGCCCAGAUAUGAAGGUACUUUGAAGAAGUCAGCAGUUUUCAGGCCUCCAGGAAAGACCUCUAUUUGUAAGGCAAAUUCCCCUGUGGAGCCAACUUGGAUCACCACGUUAAAACAGCGGCAAAGGGGCUUUAUAUCCCACUUUCUUAAAAAACCCAGGACCAGAUCUGAAAUUAGUGCUGUGACCAAGGAUUCUAGAUAUGAAGUAAAAUAUAAUCUGGAGUUGGAAACUGUACCAAAGGAAUCUGAACCCAUAACUGAUAUCCCACCAAAGAAGACUUUUGUUUCCAGUUUCCCCAGAUAUGAGAUGCCACAUUCAAGGCACUUUUCAAAAUCAGUUGCAUUUUAUGAUCAGAAGAUGAUUAGCCCACAUACCAAGGAAAAAAUAACCAGACGAUCUUCGAGUCUUCCACCUAAAUUUCCACAAUGUGAGGAGCCUGAGUGGUUCUCAAUGGCCAAGAAGAAAGCCCAAGCAUGGAGCCAAAUAGCAGAUAUCAUGCAAUAA